UUUGCAUUCAUUAUUGGUGGAGUGAGUACGGUAUUAACAGCAUAUUUUGCGGAGACGAGAGGGAUUAAAGGAAACAGAAAACGGAAGAAACAUAAAUUAAUAAGCUAUAUAAUAAAAAAAAUCUAAUUAAAUUCUAAAAGCGGCUGCUCUUCUGGGCGUUGAUUGUAAACGUAAAACUCAAUUAGCAACAAAGACACUGUAUGGUGUUGUGUUUUUCUUUAUCUGCAGACAUAUGCAAAAAAAAAAUAAAUGCGCGUGGAGACUUGAUUUUAUUCCGUCCGUAGUUACAUAGUUUUCUUGAUUGUAUAGCUUUAUCCUCCUCAUCCCAAUCCUCUCCGCACUCGAGAUCCCAAAAAGACCUAUAGGUGGUAGCUACAAUCAUCGAAUCAAUUUGUAGUAGGGUACAAAGUCUCUUAUGUUUGGAUGGAUAGCGGAUAGAAUACGAAAUAUACAUUUGUAAAAGAAAAUCGCUAAAUGAUGGCUGCCAUAUCCCGUUUUGCCCUGAAUUCUUCACCCCUUCGUUUGAGUUUUGUUAGGGCAGCUUCAUCAAGUGCAUUUUCCACUUCGAUAGGCAUUAACACCAACAUCCAGGCAUAUGAUACGGCCCUAAAAAGCCAGCUUCUUACUACAACUUUAACGGGUCCUACAAACUCGAAGCUGCUUCUGUCAACGUUUAAGCACCCAAGGCAACAAAUUCGCAAUUUCUCAUGUUUAAACAAACCCUUGCAGGCCCAGCAUUCGAAUCUAGAAAACCAUAAUUCAAUGGCGCCUUUAAAAAAUCGUCGUUUCAUUUCUUCCAAAGAAAUAACGAAGAACAUGACCUUAUACACAAAUGGGCCUUUUAAAAGUGAGGUGGACAGUAAUACUUUAGAAUUUAAACAGCCCACCGGCAAUCCUUUAGUAUUAAUGAUGGCCUGGCUUAUGGCCAAACAGAAGCAUCUUAAAAAAUAUGCUGAGAUCUAUACAGAUCUGGGUUUCGAUGUUAUGGUAGUCCAUAUAACACCCUGGCAGUUGUUGUGGCCCACCAAAGGUUCUCAAGUGGUUGCGGCCGAAACCUUAAAGUUUUUGGAGAACAAUAAAUCCUAUGCCCCAAUUGUGGUGCAUGGUUUCUCCGUAGGAGCCUAUGAAAUGGGUGAAAUAAUGCUAAUAAUGUCCCGCGAUAUGCAACGUUAUUCGCAAAUACUUGAUCGUGUGGUCUGCCAGGUUUGGGAUAGUGCUGCUGAUAUUACCGAAAUACCUGUGGGUGUACCAAAGUCCAUAUUUCCCAAAAAUCCCACUAUGCAAAAUGCAUUAAGAAACUAUACUCUUUAUCACUUGAAAACAUUCCACAAUCAAGCAACUAUCCAUUACAUGCGUUCCAGUCAAAUGUUCCAUUCGACUAUCUUAAAACAACCUGCCUUAUUCUUUGUGUCCGACAACGAUCUUAUCGGCCCUCCAUCAUCAAAUCAAGCGGUGCGUGAAAAUUGGGAACGCGCCAAUGUCAAAUGUAUUUGGAAGUGUUGGAAAAAAUCCAUGCAUGCUGGCCAUUUCUUAAAGCAUCGUGAAGAAUACUUGGAUUUAUUGUACAAACAUUUGGAAGACACCGGAGUAUUAGGGGCUAUAGGCGUUAAGACAAGGGCGAAACUGUAAAGCAAUUCACAAUUGCAUACAUCGAUGUCCAGCAACGGUGUGUGUGUGUGUGCGUGUACGUGUGUUUUGUGCGUAUGUUUAAUUCAUACAAAAAGGCGAAUUUUUUAACUGUUAUUUUUUUUUGAAUUUGAAAUAAUUUUUUUAGAAAUGAUUUUUUUGUGUAUUUCUGUUAGUUUUCUUUUUAAUUUUUUUUUUCUGUGGUAUUUAUUCGGUAUGUUACCCCUUAGGGAAAAUUGUAUAAUAAGAUUGCAUCUAAGACAUUUGCCUGUUAAGUUUAUGAAUGAUGUCUCAUGCUCCUUCUACUACCCUCAUAUUUGAGAAAUAUAUUGAAGAAUUUAAUUUGUAUGUAAAA